GUAUGAGUGAGUGAGUGUAUGAGUGGUGCUUGGACGGAGGAAACUUUUUUCUCUCCCCAGGAUCAGAUUGGGAUUUGGGAUUAGAGCGCUUUGUUUCCAGCUGUGAGCGCGUGAAUGCGCGUUUCGGGGCGGCGGCGGCGGUGGUGGCGGAGGCGCGAGUCGGAUCUUCUUGUGUCUGCCCGGUUUGGUGUGUCUCUGCUCGGCUGACAUGGGGAAGGAGCAGGAGCUGCUGGAGGCGGCGCGGACCGGGAACGUGGCCGCCGUGGAGAAGCUGCUGAGCGGCAAGAGAGCGACGUCCGGAGGGAGCAGCGGCAGCGGCGGCGGAGGAGGAGGGGGGUUUGGAAUCGGAGGAGGCGCGGGACACGGCGCGAGCGGCGGCGGACACAGCGCGAGCGCUCACGCGCUCUCCAGCUUACUCAGUAUUUGGAGGGUCCCUAAUGUGAACUGUGUGGACAGUAACGGAUACACACCUCUCCACCACGCAGCGCUAAACGGACACAGUGAGGUGGUGGAGUUGUUGUUGAAGAACGAUGCUGUUACUAACGUAGCGGAUUAUAAAGGCUGUUAUCCGCUUCACCUCGCUGCAUGGAAAGGAGAUCAGCGCAUCGUCCGGCUGCUCAUCCACAAGGGGACGUCAUAUCCCAAACUCAAUGAACAGACUCUAGACCACAGAGAAUUCAAACGCUGUGGCCCGUUUGACCCCUAUAUUAAUGCCAAGAACAACGACAACGAGACGGCUCUGCACUGCGCGGCGCAGUACGGACACUCUGAAGUGGUGCGCGUGUUGUUGGAGGAACUGACCGACCCCACCAUGAGGAACAACCGCUUCGAGACGCCGCUGGACCUCGCCGCGCUCUACGGUCGCCUCGAGGUCGUCAAGCUGCUGCUGUGCGCUCACCCCAACCUGCUCAACACAAAUACGCACACCCUUACACACACACCGCUUCACCUCGCCGCACGCAACGGACACCUGCCGGUUGUAGAGGUGCUGCUCGGCGCCGGAAUGGACAUCAACUACCAGACGGAGAAAGGCAGUGCCCUUCAUGAAGCUGCUCUUUUUGGAAAGACAGAAGUGGUACAGAAGCUGCUCAGUGCAGGUAUCAACGCGAACAUUGUGGACAACAAGAACCGCACGCCACUGGACAUCGUGAAGGAAAUGCCGUCUCAGAAAAGCCGCCAGAUCGCUGCUCUCAUCCAGGCUCAUAUGAGCGGGCAGCCUCCCGAUCUCCCACCGCCUCCAGCACCACCUCCCCAGGAGAACCUAAGAAGGGGUCAAGAUGCGUGUGUAGAUGUGUGUGAGGAGAGCCCGUAUGAAGCGCUGUUCGAGGCCUCAUCGUGUCACUCGUUGGACAGUCUGGCCAGCGGGAAAUCGUCAGAUCGAGACUCGGGGAGACCGGACAGUGAAGCGGGCAGAUCGUUCGUGAAAGACCGUCCUCCCCCUCCGUCCCACUCUGGAGGAGCAGCGCACGAGGAAGACCUCAGUUCUGAGGCGGUCUACACCAGCAGUAGUUUGGAUGAGAGACUGGAAGAAGACGAGGAUCAUACGUAUGAAACGCUGCACACAGCACGGACCAAACUCCCCACUGACACACGUACAGAUAAGGAUUCUUCUGUCAAGUCUUCCAACCACCUCUUACCUCAGCAGUGGAAGACCACCACUCCUGGUGAAGUUCGACCACCAGGUUCAAACGCACACGCACUGAAGCCUCCAGGCAGCACGCUGCCAUCUUCUGAAGAGAGCUCAGCCGUGCCCGAGCAGUUCACCGGUCUUCUUCACGGAUCUUCGCCCGUCGUCGACUCUCGGGAAGGACCGGAGCCUCCGCGGGUGCCCUCUGAUCCCGCGGCCCCCAAGUGCCAGCUGUCGGUUUCCAUGGCAGCCGUCCGUACGGACCCGGACCCCAAGGCCAUCUACGCAACCGUGAACAAGGAGACGCGCGACUCGCCGAGCCGGACCCGUCCCGGGGACCUGAAGCUCUCCCGCAGCCUGUCCAAAUCCGACUCGGACCUGUUGUCGACUCCGCCCACCGAAGAGGAGGUGGGGCUGAGCGGGCGCAGCGAAUCUGUGUCCAACUGCAGCGCCGCCAAAAGGAGGAUGGAGAAAUCGCCGUCGUUCACGUCCGAGUGGGACGAGCAGAGACCGAGACGCUACUCGUCCGAUUGGCGGAGACACUCGUCCUCACACAACAACAUCGAGAAGAUCAUGACGCUGAUCGGAGCGGGGAUCGACUUCUCCAAAGAGCAGGAGAGCGGCCUGGCAGGUGUCGGGAUGAUAUCGGAUCAGUCGGUGGGUGACUGGCUGGAGCGCGCGGGACUGCCGCAGUACGAGAGUAAACUGCUGCUAAACGGCUUCGACGAUCUGAGAUUCAUGGGGAGUAAUGUGAUGGAGGAGCAAGAUCUGAAGGAGAUCGGGAUCGCAGAUGCGACUCACAGGAGGAAGCUGCUAAACGCUGCUCGCACACUGCCAAAGGUUAGAAGCUGUGACUGCAGUGUGUCCCUGUCCUCCUGGUUGGACUCACUGGGUCUGAACGAAUACCUGCACAGCUUCCUGCAAAGUGGAUACAACACCAUCGAGGCGGUGAGGAACCUGUGGGAGCUCGAGAUAGUCAACGUGCUAAAGGUCACCCUGUUGGGACACAGAAAGCGGAUUAUUGCAUCAUUAACUGAGCGGAUGUACGACGAGCCACCAGUGAAACCACCCCGACUCUCUCAAAUCAGAUAUCCUGAUCCCACGCCUCAGACGUCAUCGUCUAGUCCGUGUCACGCAGACUCGUACGCACAUCGCUUGAUGGAUCCAGCCGGGGAUUCUGGGAGAAUAAAGGGGGUGGAGUCAGACUACGACCUAUCAAUCAAAUUCAGAGCACAGGAGAGGUAUGAGGAUCAGCGUGCAGAGUCGAGGUUGACCCUGCGCCCCCCGAGUCAGGCAGCUCCGUGUGCUCCUGUGCAGAACUGGCAUCACAAACCAGAGAAACUUAUAUUCGAGUCCUGCGGUUACGAGGCCAAUUAUUUGGGUUCCAUGCUCAUUAAGGAGCUGAGAGGAACAGAGUCCACACAGGACGCCUGCGCUAAGAUGAGGAGGUCUACAGAGCAGAUGAGGAAGGUUCCUACUAUUGUCCUGUCCAUCACAUAUAAAGGAGUCAAGUUCAUCGACGCUUCUAAUAAGAACAUCAUAGCGGAACACGAGAUCAGGAACAUCUCCUGUGCGGCUCAGGAUCCAGACGAUUUGUGUACGUUCGCCUACAUCACCAAAGACCUGCAGACUGACCACCAUUACUGUCACGUCUUCAGCACGGUGGAUGUGAAUCUGACGUACGAGAUCAUCCUGACUCUGGGCCAGGCGUUUGAAGUGGCCUAUCAGCUCGCUCUCCAGGCUCAGAGGACCAAUCAGAAGCAGAAGCAAAGUUUAGCAGCAGGGACGGAGUCAGAGAGCAACGCCAAGAGUAGCAGACCAGUGCCUAAACCACGCGGAGGGGCGCAAAAGCCGGGGGUGGAGUCUGCAGAUGACCCUUCAUGGCUUGUCGAGCCCAAAGAACCCAAACACACUGUCAGCACCAACUGAACAUGACGCCAAACCACACAGGAGCGGUAGCACAACUCUGUUCACCUUGCACAUUACCACACUGGUCUUUCUUCUUCUGUGUGUGUGUGUAAAAAAACAGGCACUACAUUCAUCAUGUUUUUUUUGUUAUCCUUCCAUCCAUCAGCCAACAGCAUUAUUACAGAUCAGUGUACAGUAUCUCACUCUCGCAUACACACACACACACACACACAGUGAACUUCAUGUCCUUCUGCUACACUGGAUACUUGUCACUGUUGUGUUUUUUUUUUUGUUUUUUUUUAUUCCUGGAAAUCAUGUGACUUUAAAAGAUUUAACUUAACAUUAAAUAUUAAUUCCUGUGCACUCAGAGUGCACUACACCGCCCCAGGGCGCCGUUUGGAAACGAACCUGCUGUCGUGACACUAUACAUUACUUUAAGUGUCGUGUCGUAGAAGCGAGGAACCCCCAGAGAUACUGACUCGACUCCUAGGGCUCUUAACCCAGCGCACUCUGACUGCGUUUGCCUGCGUGGGCGGAGGGAACUUUAAACGGUACAAGGUUUUUAAAUCCGAAGAAUUCCCGUUCCUCAAGCCCCGCCCACAAUUCGAGAAGCCGCCACGAGAGCAGGAAGAGGUUUCUAAAGACGCAGCAUAAGAUGACAUCACAAAUACGUUAGAAAACUUUCAUGUGUAAGAACUUAUAGGGAAAAAUAAAAACUUCCGCAGAGCAGAUUUUACUCCCCCUAGAGUCGGUACUUUUCCCCAUAUUAAAGUUUUUUUUUUUUUUAUAUGUUUAAUAAUUAACGGUACUUUUAAUUACUUUAUUAUUAUUUUUAUUAUAAAGUGACACUAAGAUCUGCGUGUGUGUGUGUAGAAUUCAGAUGUUUUAUUCUAUUUUUUUAAAACAACUCGUAAGUAGCAAGGCUCGCUAAACAAGUUGAAGAAAGAAAAAAAACACGCUGUGUGUCUGUGUAUGGACGAUGCUGGAUCUAGAACUGUGCGGUACGUCACACAUCUAGUCUUAGUUUACAGAAAAAAAACAAUUUCUAAAGUUAUUUUAGACUUUGGACUCUGAGGGUGUUGGUACGGUGCUGCACACAGCCAGGGCGGCGCUGAAGCUAAUGACGCUAACGUCAGCGCUCCCCCCCUUUUUUUUUUUGCGCAAGUAUUUUUAAUGAUUCAGAGCAUUUGUUUUUCUGUUAAAGAUGUGAACAAUAAUAGACUGUAAAGUAAUCAGUGUGUAUUUUGAUACUUGAAUAUGAUUCUGCUUUUAUAGCUGCCUCUCUCUCCCUGUGUGUAUAUGUAUGUAUGUAAGGGUUAUUUUUUUUUUUUUCCUUAAUUCUGCUCGUAUUGUUUUUUUUUAAGCUCAGUGUAUCAGGAUGUGUGUGCGCGUGAGAGAUCGGACAGAGUGAAUUCUCACUACAGCAUGAAAAAGAGCGAGUGUAAAUAAUCUCGGGCUUCCAGGCUUUCUUUUUAUUAUUGACUAUUAAUAUUAUUUUUCAUAAUCUGUACAUCUAAUAAAUAAAUGAAAUCUUCAUUUA